CCCCCAAGCUCAAGCUCGCGUCUCUUCACCCCCUCUCCAACUCCAAUGAGAAAUUGCUCCAAUCCAUCAAGAAGAAGGAGGCUCUAAAUCUAUCCUCCUACAGCUGCCCGGCUCUCACGCGCGUCGCCGUUCCAGUUCUUCCUCGUCGGGACAUCAUCGCGUUCCGGUUGUCUCCGCCCCGUCCGCAGUUGUCUUCUGGCCAUUGGUUUCGAGGGACUGCUCGGGGCAUACAUAAUAAUUACCGUGCUGUGAGGUCCUGCAUUUGUUCCAUCAUCUAUAUUGCUUCACGGCCCACUCUUUUCUGUGGAUCUAUUUAAGCAAAAAACUGGAACUACUAAGCUCAGUUUAUCAAGGUUACAGGAAGUGUUUUUCCCUAGCAGGUGAGCUGGAUCAUAUUGCUUCUUGUGGUAUUACUUUGCAGAGUUAAAGAUAAAGAGAGGAGCAUGGUUAAAUUCCGUUGACUCAGUUUUUGUGUGCAACAGACCAGCUGCAAUUGAGUUUUUUAGUAGAUUGAUGUCGAUUGGAUUAUUUCAAGUCGGUGAGCAGACUUGACCAUUAUGAUCCAAGUUCAAAUCGCCAGUAGAGUGGUCUAUUAGGUAUGAGAUACUACUUGCAUCAGGUCCAGCGUUUGGCUGGAGACAUGGAAGGAGUAGCUCCUUUGUUUGUAGAAGACCUCAACUCCAAGUGACAAAGCAGCCAGUUGUUGACGCUUCCUUCUAUUUUUGUUUUCCCCUGGAAUUGGAAUUGUAGAUGGAGAUGAAUUCUUCUGGUGAGGAAACGGUAAUAAAGGUGCGAAAGCCAUACACAAUCACAAAACAGCGCGAACGGUGGACUGAGGCAGAGCACAAACGCUUCCUUGAAGCCCUCAAACUGUAUGGCAGAGCUUGGCAGCGCAUAGAAGAGCAUGUUGGGACAAAGACUGCUGUGCAAAUCAGAAGCCAUGCUCAAAAGUUCUUCACCAAGUUGGAAAAGGAAGCUAUCAAUAAUGGCACUUCUCCAGGAGAAGCUCAUGAUAUCGACAUACCUCCACCACGGCCUAAAAGAAAACCUAACUGUCCAUAUCCGCGAAAAGGUUGUCUCAGCUCCGACGCACCUACGAGAGAAGCUCCAAAUGAUAAGUCAACAAAAUCAAAUAUAAGCUUGACCAGUAGCAAUGCACAAACAGCAGGAAAUGCAACUCUUCAGAAACUUCAAGGAAAGGAGUCAUCAAGUUGCUCAGAAGUUCUUAAUCUCUUUCGAGAUGCACAAUCUGCCUCAUUUUCUUCUGUUAACAAGAGCUCUUCAAACCAUGGUGCGUCAAUGGAGAUUGAAGCAACUAAAACAGAAAUAAAAGAUAUGACAACCAUGGACAGAACUUCUGUUUCCAUCGAUAUGGAGAAGGAUGUAAAAGAUAUUAAUGAUCAGGAAAUGGAAAGGCCGAACAGAAUCCACAUCAGUGCUAAAUAUGACCAUCUGCAUGACGAUUGUUUGGAUAACUCAAGGCAACAUGUGAAACUAAAGCCAAAAUCAGUGGAGAUAACACACACAGACCAACAUCCCACAAGAGCUUCACACUACCAAAUGGAUAGAACUGGGGCAAGUGGCAUUCCAGUCAUUGGGACUGAAAAAAGUCCUGCUGAUCAAACAAAUGAUCAAGUGGGAGUAGCCAAAGGUAACAUGAACUGCCUUCAUCCAACACUUUCUGUGGAUCCAAAAUUUGACAACAGCUCCACAGCGCAGCCCAUUACCCACAACUAUGCAGCCUUUGCACCGAUGAUGCAAUGCCACUGCAACCAAGAUGCCUACAAAUCUUCUGUUAAUAUGUCAUCCGCUUUCUCCAGCAUGCUUGUUUCCACAUUGUUGUCAAACCCCGCAGUACAUGCAGCCGCAAGGCUUGCAGCAUCAUACUGGCCGUCAGCAGACAGUCCUGUCGAUCCAAAUCAAGAAAGUCCUUCUGAUAAUGCUCAGGGAAGACAUAUUGGCUCUCCUCCCAGCAUGGCUUCUAUCGUAGCCGCUACAGUUGCUGCGGCAUCAGCAUGGUGGGCAACACAAGGUCUUCUCCCUCUUUUUGCUCCUCCCAUGGCUUUUCCAUUUGUUCCAGUUCCUAGCGCUUCGUUUCCCACAGCAGAUGUUCAGCGUGCAUCAGAGAACUUCCCAGUUGAUUGCACACCAAAGGAAUGCCAAGUAGCUCAGAAGCAAGGUCAACCUGAAGCUGUGAUGGUUGUAGCGUCUUCACAGUCUGAUGAAAGUGGAAACGGAGAGGUUUCUCUCCACACUGAGAUAAAGAUAUCUCCGACGGAUAAAGCAGAGAUAACACCUGCCACAGGAGCUGACACAAGUGAUGCGUUUGGAAACAAGAAGAAGCAGGAUCGCUCUUCAUGCGGUUCCAACACACCAUCCAGUAGUGAUGUAGAGGCAGAACAUGUUCCCGAGAAACAAGAUCAAGUGAAUGACAAGGAGCAGCAAGCAUCUUGCAAUAACCUUUCAGCUGGUGAUACUAACCACCGCAGAUUUCGGAGCAUUGCAAGCACAAGUGAAUCAUGGAAGGAAGUUUCUGAGGAGGGUCGUAUGGCUUUCGAUGCACUGUUCAGUAGAGGAAAGCUUCCCCAAAGCUUUUCUCCCCCACAGGCAGAAGGAUCGAAGGCGGUCUCGAAGGAGGUCUCAAAGGAGGACCAAGGUGAAGCAAUUACGGUGACGGUCGACCUCAACGAGUGCGCCUCGAUUAUUGAUCGUGAACUCGAUACAUCGGUCGGUCCGAUAGCUUCCCUUCCCAUUGAAUUGUCACACCUGAAUAUGAAAUCCCGCCGGACAGGCUUCAAACCUUACAAGAGGUGCUCGGUGGAAGCGAAGGAGAAUAGGGUGCCGGCUAGUGACGAGGUUGGCACCAAAAGGAUUCGCCUCGACAGCGAAGCCUCCACGUGACUCCAGCCUCGACAAGUAGUUUGUUUUGAAGAAAUUAUAGUAUUUUACAUCUAAGCUACUAUAGGACUUCAGUCCUUGCAAUGCAGUGUUUACAAAAGUCAAAUUUACCGUGUGUUGUAUGUCAGUGCCUGGCAAGCAGCUGGAUCCUCUAGACUGCUUCUUUCACAUCCUAUCUCUUUAGACAUUAAGCAUUAAGCGCCUACGGUACUUUCUUGGUAAAAGGCAAUUCUGCUUGUUUUUGUAUUUUUUUUGGUGAAGGAUAAUACUUGCAAUUUCGGUUCAUGUUAUUGGAUCAUUUUAGGCUUAGUUCCCAAAGGGAGAUCGUGAUCGCCUUGUAUUUGAUUUGUAUAUACAUCUGAUAUCUGGAGAUGCUUGGAUGGACACCUUUCUUUUUUAA